GUCAUUUGUAACAUAGAAUAUUCCUUACCAAGUACCAUGAUUAUUGGGUCUCUAUCUAUUAUCACUAAUCGUGGGAUUCCCAAGUCAGCGGGCGUUGGUUGACGUUGGAGUGUUGAUUUUGGAAGGAUAAUACGAGCGAAGAGGAAAUUCGUCUCGCUUGUGAUUCGUUAUGGCAUUGAAUGCAGACGCAGUAAAGGUAGUGGCAGGGGCGGCGGUUGCACUAGGCGGCAUAGCGUGUCUCGUGUCCUCCGCAAAGGUCAGCAAACGUGGGAAUUAUCCCAAAGCGAAGGAGUACGACGUUGAGGAACGCGAAGCAGAAGUGUUCCUCUUUACGUGUCGCUUACCGGGAAUACCUGUCCCCGAUUCCACCGACUUCCAUCACUGGGCAUUAGUGCUGCUAUUCGAGGGGAACGACGUACGAACCAUGGAAGGUCUCGUUGAUGAAGAAUCAAAGCUGUAUGCAGUGUAUUACAAGGAGAAGCCGGUAGAUGAAGGGAAGUACUACAGCCUAGGGAAAGUUCGGACGUCGCCCAAGAAGGUUUUCGAAAUGUGCGAGUCAAACUGUUUCAAUUCCCAAGAGUAUCUGCCCACUUGGCAGAACUGCCAGUCGUGGGUUAAGGAGCUCGCCAAGAAACUCGGAGAAGGAAUAGCAUUGAAGUUGGAAGAGUUCAAAACCCUGAUGGAAACAAAACCAUUCCUUUCAAAGGUUGGGAAAGCAGCCACUUCAUCCAGCAACUUUACCUCGCGUCCAUCCAUGAAGGCAUCCAAUGCCAUUAAGAAAGCAUGGGCUCCGAAAGAAAAGUCGUCUUAAAAUGACUGAAAGUUUUAAAGCAGAAUAUAACGGAUAAUGGGGUUUGAAACCACAGACAUAUCGUUUUCAGCCAUUUGAAAAUGAGUGCUGCUGGUAGGUGAGUUUGGAUAAUGUUGCCAGUAGCUGAAGGCAAAGAUUUUUUGAUAUGAGGGAUGCAGCGUAAUUUUUGGGGAACAAAUUAAGUGCUUGCAAUUUAUUGAUGAGUUGAAUUGUUCUCAGUGUUUGAAAACUAGAAUUGGAAUGAUACAGUAAUUUUGAUAGUCAAUACUUGACACUGCUUUCAGCUUGAUAACCUUGAUGCUUUCGAUGCUCGAUACUUUAAGUAAAAACGAACAUUGUUUAUUAUUCAUUCACAUUUUAAUGAAAACAUUUUUAUAUCCCAAAACAAAAAAAAAAAAAUAUACUAUAUGAAAUACUUGAAUGUAAAAUAGAAUUAGGUUCGGAUUAUUGACAAACAUUAUAUAUGUACUUUUAAUAUAACAUUAACCAAAAUAAUAUGAAUGUUAUGAUUUUUUAAUUAUUUUUUUUUAAAGAAAAACAAGCAUGCUUUCUUUCAGGAUUACUUCACUUAUUUUUUGUCUACAAGUCGAGAUGCAUCGACAACCUUCAGACUUGACAGUAGCUGGUAGGACAUUCAAGACAUUUUUAUGGCUCAGGCAAGGAAACAUGUUAAUUUUUUCAUUAUAAACUAACAGGGAGUUCACAAAAAACUAAAAUAAAAUUUCCCUAACCAAUUUUUAUUAAAUUUACAUAUUUUGCAAUUUUCUGAAAGAACUGAAGAAAACCUAGCCUCCACUAUUUUCAUAGCUGGCUUAGUUCUUUCUCCACUUUAUUUUAUUGAAAGUUCAAACAGAACUUAUAUGCUAUUUUAUAGCAUGUAUGACUGCACUAAAAAACCGUCUUAAUGAUAAAAAUUCUAUAUAGUCUGGGUGAUGGCAUACCGGAGCAUGACAUUGCCCUCUAAAAUUACUACCAUUGGGGAAUUUCCUUGACUUACGCAGGAUUUUAAGUAAAUUUCCCGACUUUUUCCUGAUUUCCUCUGACUUCCCAGAAUGUGAACACCCUGCAAAGUAUGAGAGGUUUAUAACGAUACCCACUAAUAGAGUUGACAGGUAUUUACGUAUCGAAAGCCCCACACCUUGUAGAAAAACAAAAUUUAAUGUAAGAGUAUACAUAUAUAAUUUUCAUUACACUGUUACAUUAAUUUAUUACUAUAGUUUUAUCUCCGUUCGAAAGCAUUGGAUGUCAAGAACCGUGAGUUGCAAGCACUAGCGAGAUUGAUGUCUGUGGCGGUUGUCACUCCCGUAACAAAAUUAAUAUUUCUGCUAGGCUCUCAGUUCAUGUUAACCAAAUUCAAGGAUGCCACUUUUGCCUUGAAUGAUGUCUUUUAUCACAGCAUUUAUUCUUAUACAAAUUUUAAUAUUUUUAUAGCAAUGUACUUGUAAAUUCAGAAAAAUAAAAUUGCUUCAAUUUUA